AUGGGGUUCCUAGAUUGUGAAUUAGCCAAAAAGCUCCCUCCUAAUCAAUUAGUAUGUUGUAAUAAUUCUAACGAUCCAAGUAGCUCUUGCUCUACCGAUCUUUCUAAUUGUUUUGCGCCUAAGGAAUUAAUUAAAUGUUAUAAGAUAGAUAAUUUAGAAGCUUGCAGACGAACUGACGAUGUAGCUAAAACCGUAAUUAUUUGGCAGUUUAGUCGUAAUACUGAGGCUGAGUCUCGUAGUCGAACUAGAGCCAAGUAUAAUGAAACAACUCAAAAUUAUGAAACUUGGAUAAAUGAGGAUAAAGGUAGUGGUGGAAGUGUGCGUGAUGAAGAGUCAGUGGCAGAAGUAUUUUGUAGUGACUUUUUCCAACCGCAAAUUGAUUGUAUGUGGGUUCCUCGUUUAUACUCUAAUAUUACUGUGCUUAACAGUGUUAGACCAACUAAAUUAUCUAACUUGGCUACAGUAAUUAGUACUCCCAUUGGAAUAAUUAUUGGGAUAUUAGGUUUAUUUACCACCCUAAGAUGUUUCAAGAGAAGAAGAAAAGCCGAAGCUAAUUUUGGAUCAAAAGGAAUAGUAAAGCCGGAAGAUGUGGAAAAAGUUGAGGAAAAUUAA